GUUCCUUGAUGUCUUGUUGCUCUGUCCAUGGAUGAGAUUGAAGUUGUUUCAGAAGCACCAUUGUCUGACCAGGCUUCAACUAGUUCCUCCAGACCUUCAAGGAGCUAUGAGACACUUGGUCAUGCACAUGAACUGUUCGACAGUGAGAAGGUGCCUUCGAGUUUGGUUACUGAGGUCCGAAGGUUCGUCCGUGUCGCCAAUCAGAUACAAUCUGAGUCUCCUCGCCUUGCUUAUCUAUGUCGGGUUCAUGCAUUUACUAUGGUACACUUUCUAGACCCAAAUUCUAGUGGACGAGGUGUUCGACAAUUCAAAACUACACUUCUUCAGCGAUUGGAACAGGAUGAACAUACCAUUCCAAAGCACGAAGGGAAAAGCGAUGUACGAGAAUUGAAAUCAUUCUACCUUAAAAUGAAAGAUGCAAAUGAGCAAGUGGUUGCUUCUGUUCUUUAUGAAGUAUUGGAAGCUAUUAAAUCUGAAGCUGGUUUUGUGACUUCUGACGAUGCCAAAGCCUCAAAAGCAUCUUUUGCAUCCAACAUUCUGCCGCUUGAUUCGGGGGGUAGUCAUCAUGCUAUUAUGCAUCUUCCAGAGAUCAAAGCUGCACUUUCUGCUGUUCGAAAUGUUCAAGGUCUUCCUAUGGCACGAAGUGGGGAAGAAACUGGUGGCUAUGUUGAUUUGCUUGACUUUCUUGAAUGUUUGUUUGGAUUUCAGAGUGGAAAUGUGGCUAAUCAACGGGAGCAUUUGAUUUUAUUGCUUGCUAAUAUACAAGUCAGGCAGAAGCCCAUAUCAAUGUCGAAGCUUGGUGACAAAGCUGUGGAUGAACUUAUGAUUAAAUUAUUUCAUAAUUAUAUGAAUUGGUGCAAUUUUCUGGGACGAACAAUCAACAUUUGGUUACCAUCAAUCAAGCAACAAGUGCAACAAUAUAAACUUUUAUAUAUUGGUCUUUAUCUUCUUAUAUGGGGGGAAGCUGCAAAUUUGCGAUUAAUGCCAGAGUGUUUAUGCUACGUCUUUCAUUAUAUGGCAUAUGAUUUAUAUGGAUUUUUAUCUGGUUCUAUGAAUUUAAAAACUGGAGAAAAGGUGGUCCCCGCAUAUGGAGGAGAGCCAGAAUCAUUUCUGAAGAAUGUAGUCACCCCUAUAUAUGGGGUCAUACUUGAGGAAGCUCUAAAGAGCAAAAAUGGGACUUCUGACCAUUCUACUUGGAGAAAUUAUGAUGAUCUAAAUGAGUACUUUUGGUCUGUUGAUUGUUUCAAGCUUGGUUGGCCAAUUAAGCUUGAUGCAGACUUCUUCCAUACUCUAUAUUCUGAAGAUGGAAUCCAAAAAUCUCAGGCAGCCAUAAAUGAACAAAAUGAAGAACAAGAAGUACAGAAGUGGUUGGGUAAGACCAAUUUUGUGGAAAUUCGUUCAUUUUGGCAUCUUUUCAGAAGUUUUGAUAGAAUGUGGACAUUUUUCACCUUAGUUCUCCAGGCAAUGAUAAUUGUCGCAUGUCAUGAUCUAGAAACACCGGUUCAAUUACUGGAUUCAGUUAUCUUUAAUGACAUUUUGAGCAUCUUCAUCACUAAUGCUUUUCUUAGAUUCAUACAAGUGACUUUCGACAUUGUUUUUACAUGGAAAGCAAGGAAAACCAUGAGUUUUAAUCAAAAAUUGAGAUUUGUGGUGAAGUUUGUAAUUGCAGCUACAUGGACUAUUACCCUUCCUGUUUCUUAUGCCAGUUCAACAAGAAACUGUUCCGAAACCAGUUUUGACGACUUCUGCUUGUCAACUUAUAUCAUUACAGUAGGAAUAUACUUGGCAAGUAAUGUUAUUGGAAGUGCAUUUUUCUUGGUUCCUGCAGUUACCAAUUACAUAGAGACCUCAAAUUGGUGUGUCUGUAAAUUUCUGUCAUGGUACGCUCAGCCUCAGCUAUAUAUCGGACGAGGGAUGCAAGAAAGCCAAGUAUCUCUUUUAAAGUAUACAAUAUUCUGGCUUAUUCUGUUAUCCAGCAAAAUUUUGUUCAGCUAUCAUUUUGAGAUAAAACCUGUUGUAGAAUCAACAAAACAAAUAAUGAAAAUUAGCGUGAAUAACUAUGAAUGGCACGAACUAUUUCCACGAGUCAAGCACAAUGCUGGUGCAAUUCUUGCUGUUUGGGCUCCCAUUAUCCUGGUAUAUUUUAUGGAUACACAAAUAUGGUAUGCUAUCUUCUGUACAAUUUUUGGAGGAUUUUAUGGUAUAUUUCAUCAUCUUGGAGAGAUACGUACGAUGGGAAUGGUGAAAAGCCGUUUCCAUACCUUACCUUCUGUGUUCAGCAUUAACCUUGUUCCUCCCACUUCACAUAAGCAGAGGAAAAAGAACCUCACUAAUUUCUUAAAGAACAAAAUUUUCAAGGAUUCAGAAAUUGGAUCAAGUGAUCUUGUCAAGUUUGCUUUAGUAUGGAAUAAUAUUAUCAGCAGCUUCCGCUAUGAGGACUUAAUAAGCAACAAAAGUCCUUGCUUGAUGAUGCCUCUGUCUGCAGACAUGAGUUCUAGUUGUGCCCGUUGGCCAUUAUUUCUUCUGGCAACAAAGUUCUCAACUGCAAUAAACAUGGGUAGAGAUUUUGUUGGAACAUAUGAGCAACUACUUAGAAAAAUAGAAAAAGACAAGUACAUGUACUCAGCUAUUCAAGAAUGCUAUCACUCUCUGAAGUAUAUCCUCAAUGCCCUUGUUGUCGGUGAACUAGAAAAAAGGGUCAUUGAUGAAGUUUUUUCCGAAGUUGAAAAAAGCAUUGAGAGCUGUAGCCUUCUUAAAGAUUUUAACUUGCAUGAGUUACCUGCUCUUCAUGAUAAAUUGAUACUUUUGGUCAAGAUGCUGUUUGAAAAUGAGCAAGCUCAGCGAGAUGAUGUAAUUAUUGUACUCCAAGAUAUUCUCGAGUUGUUGAUCAAAGAUGUCAUGAAUCACGGGAACAAAAUACUGGACUUAAUAAAUGGCGCUCAAAUUUUUGAGGAGCCUGAUGUUGAUAAACUCAUUCAGUAUCCACCAGAUUUGUUCACGUCAAAUGUUUCUGAUCCUGUUAUAUGUUUCCCAUUGACAUAUGCAAGCACAUUGAAGGAAAAGAUCCAGCGCUUGUUUCUGCUGCUCACUGUAAAAGAUACAGCUAUGAACAUUCCAACUAAUUUAGAGGCUCGACGCCGUAUUUCGUUCUUUGCAACCUCUCUUUUCAUGGAUAUGCCUGCUGCACCUAAAAUUCGAAAUAUGUUAUCUUUCAGUGUUAUGACUCCACACUAUAUGGAAGAGGUAAAAUUUUCUGAAGACGAGCUUCAUUCAAGUCAAGAUGGGGCAUCCAUUCUUUCCUACAUGCAGAAAAUAUAUCCAGAUGAAUGGAAAAACUUCCUGGAACGAUGUGAUUCCAGUGCUUCAAAUGAAGAAGAGAUUAGAUAUUGGGCAUCUUUCCGUGGACAAACACUAAGUCGUACAGUUAGGGGGAUGAUGUAUUAUAUGAAGGCAUUGAGGUGGCAGGCGUUUUUAGACAUGGCUAGUGAUCAAGAUAUCAUUGAUAGGCGCAAUGAUGUUGAAAGAGAACACAGUAAGAAAAGUAAUCGGCAAACAUUGGCAGCCCAGUUAGAUGCAUUAGUAAAUAUGAAAUUCACGUAUGUGAUCUCGUGUCAAAAGUAUGGAGAACAAAAGGCUUCUGGUGCUCCACAUGCCAAAGAUAUCAUUGAUUUGAUGACAAGGUAUCCAUAUCUCCGUGUUGCCUAUAUUGAAGAAAAAGAAGAGAUGAUAAAUAAGAUGUCUCGUAAGGUUUAUUUUUCAGUUCUCAUUAAAGCUGAAAACAACCUUGAUCAGGAAGUUUACCGUAUCAAGCUUCCUGGUCCUCCCAUCAUUGGAGAAGGCAAACCUGAGAACCAAAACCAUGCAAUAAUUUUCACUCGUGGAGAAGCCCUCCAAACAAUUGAUAUGAACCAAGACAAUUAUUUAGAAGAAACUUUUAAAAUGAGAAAUGUCCUGCAAGAAUUUCUUGGACACAAUGGAGAUCAGCCUCCGACCAUCAUUGGACUUAGAGAGCACAUAUUCACUGGAAGUGUUUCAUCUCUUGCUGGAUUCAUGUCCUCUCAAGAAACUAGUUUUGUCACCAUCGGACAAAGGUUUCUUACAGACCCCCUCAGGGUCCGUUUUCACUAUGGCCACCCAGAUCUAUUUGAUAGGGUGUUUCAUCUGACCAGAGGGGGCAUAAGCAAAGCAUCAAAAACAAUCAAUUUGAGUGAGGAUGUAUUUGCGGGAUUUAAUUCCACCUUAAGGCAAGGUUAUGUUACGUACAAGGAGUACAUGCAAGUCGGCAAGGGACGUGAUGUGGGCCUAAAUCAAAUAUCAAAGUUUGAAGCAAAAGUAGCAAAUGGAAAUAGUGAACAAAUUCUUAGCAGGGAUAUUUACCGGCUUGGGCGGCGUUUUGACUUCUUCAGGAUGCUUUCUUGUUAUUUCACAACAGUUGGAUUUUACGUUAAUAGCUUAAUUUCAAUACUUGGUGUUUAUGUAUUUCUCUAUGGUCAGCUCUAUUUGGUUCUUAGCGGAGUUGAGAAGGCACUCAUUAAUGAAGCACGGAUGCAAAAUAUAAAGUCUUUAGAAACAGCUCUUGCCUCACAAUCAUUCCUUCAACUUGGACUCCUAACGGGUUUACCGAUGUUUAUGGAGCUUGGUCUAGAGAAAGGAUUUCGUAUGGCAGUGAGUGAUUUCAUCCUCAUGCAAUUGCAGCUGGCUUCCGUCUUCUUCACAUUCUCCCUCGGAACAAAGUCACACUAUUUUGGCCGGACGAUCCUUCAUGGUGGUGCCAAAUAUAGGCCUACCGGUCGCAAAUUUGUGGUUUUCCACUCAAGCUUUUCCGAGAACUACCAAUUAUAUUCACGCAGCCACUUCGUCAAAGGAUUUGAGAUGCUUUUCCUCUUAACUGUUUAUAACAUGUUCAGAAGAUCAUACCAGAGUAGUAUGGCUUAUCUGUUCGCCACAUACUCCAUAUGGUUCAUGACUUUUACUUGGCUGUUUGCUCCAUUUCUGUUCAAUCCUUCUGGAUUUGCGUGGCAUAAGACUGUUGAAGACUGGAAAGACUGGAACAAGUGGAUGAAUAAUCAAGGGGGGAUCGGUGUGCAACCUGAUAAAAGUUGGGAGUCAUGGUGGAAUGAAGAGCAAGCGCAUCUUAGGCAUUCUGGACUGACUUCUCAGAUACUUGAAAUGUUACUCUCACUAAGGUUCUUCAUUUAUCAAUACGGUCUAGUUUAUCACCUUGACAUAGCCCAAGAAAACAAAAACUUCCUCGUCUAUGUGCUCUCAUGGGUUGUGAUUGUCGCUAUCUUCUUACUAGUCAAGGCAGUCAGUAAGGGGCGUGAACGGCUGAGCACACGUUUCCAUCUCCUGUUCAGGCUUUUCAAAGUUCUUAUAUUCCUCAGCAUUCUAACUUGCAUCAUCACUCUUUCAAACAUUUGCAAGCUCUCUUUGACGGAUUUACUCAUUUGUUGUCUUGCAUUCAUUCCCACUGGUUGGGGAUUGUUGCUGAUUUCACAAGUCUUGAGGUUCAAAUUAGAACAGUACUGGAUAUGGGAGUCAAUCCAAGUGAUUGCUCAAGCCUAUGACUAUGUGAUGGGCAGUUUGAUUUUCGCACCAGUAGCAGCAUUGUCAUGGAUGCCGGUCAUAUCAGCAAUACAAACUCGUGUUCUUUUCAACCAGGCAUUUAAUCGACAACUGCAGAUACAACCAAUUCUUGCUUGGAAAAGUAAGAAAAAGUAGUUUGUUGCAUUUUUCCACACAAGGAAUGAAUGAAUCAUCAUAUUGAUGAUUUUGUUCUCA